AUGGCGGGACCCGCCGCGGCGCAAUUUUCAUCUAUCAACGAGCUGCUGUUAAUGCUUGUUCCAUAUAUCCUUUUUUCACAAGAGUCGGAUACAGCCCCAAGACCGCCCGCCCAGAAAGGCAGAAAAACUCUCCAUUCUCUGUGUUUAGUAAGCCAUCACUUUAACGCGCUCUUCACAAGAUAUCUCUGGACAUCGAUAUCUUUCGAACACCACGAUGGAACAAGCAACAUGAGUGAAGAUAUCAUGCGCUCCAUGAUCGAGUCCAAAAACUUGCACUUUACUCGGGAAUUACAAGUUCAUGCGACGAUGGAGGGGGAAGCAGCCACUAGAUCUACCGAGGGAUUGUUGGCGUUUAUGCCAAACCUGGAGUUCUUCAGUUGGAAAUCAGCUUGGCACCACAUUAACAUGAAUACUUUUUGUAUCUUCUCGCGCUGCUGCCCCAAACUUGAAGUUCUCAAAUGCCAAGACAAAUUGAGAAGAGAAUCCGAUAAAAGAUUUCCCCCUAUGUUGGAAGAUUUCGGUCCAUUUCCCUGCUUGAAGACCAUCGUAUACGAUGACUUGCCAAGGAUUCUAUGUUGGCCCAUUUUCAGUAAUGCCCCCCUUCUGGAAUUAGUGGUUUUGCAUUUCCAUGACUGGAUACCCGCCGAUUGGACUCGGGCUCGGAAUACUUUCUCACGGGGUGUAGAUCCCCUACCGAGGCUUAUUUUAAUCGAAUACGGAGAUUUACAAGACGGUCCACAUUUAGGAGGGUGCCAAUGUGCCAUGUGUUCAGUUGAUGUGCGGAGUACUCUCCGUUUUAGCUCUGUGGAUGUUUAUAUAAGAGAAAGGAUUAAGGAGCGUGAAAUUCUGUAUGAAGUUCCCGGCGAUAGAGGCCGGUGGGUAUUGAUCUGCGAAUCACCAGCCAUGUAUAAGGGCGGAAAUAUCACAAUAGCUAAUUCUUUCAAGGGCUAUUGGGCGGACAGAUUAGGUCAUGUGCCCGAGUUUGGAAGUAUACAAGCUCGUAUCAGUCAGUUCGGAUAG